CAGACACCCAGGCCUGCUCUGGGCUGGAUUGGUCUCGUCUGGAGGAAGUUUCGUGUGGUGACAUCGAGCAGCAGCAGCUUCGUGUGAACCAGGAGCUGCAGGGUCACCUUUCCUCUCCCGCUGCUCCUCACUGCUCCUCACCGCUCCCACCUCUCUACCGGACCAUCAGCUGCUGUCCUCGGGGUGAUCGUAGUGUCGCCCCUGUCUCCGGUCAGCCACACAUGUGUCAGGGGCCGGCAGAUGUCGGUGACGGGCGGGGACGUGCUGCUAGCCGCUCGGCGAUAAGAGAUAAACCGAAGACGCCUGUGAAGCGCAGAUAAAAACCACAAUAACGGUCACAACUCGACAAUGAAGCGGCGGCAGGUUCGGCAGUUGGGCGGAUAUGGAGGCGGCAUGUUGACCUGACGGCUGCGGAGCUGACAUGGACCUUCCAACACCUCGUCACCACAUUCUUAUCAUCACUGGUUAAUGUCUUUGGCUCCACUGUGUUUAAUUUAGCUCGCAUCUAGGACAAUGUGGCUGUUAGUCCGCUCGACAGGCUGCACGCACGGAGUGCAUUUAUCCCGACUGAGACUGACUCAGGCCAGGGGGUUAUCACGGGGGCACCGCCUGACCCCCUCAGCCGACCCCCGGAGGAGGACCGGGGUUAACUUCUCGCUCCACCCGGCAGCCAGGCCCCUCACGUCGGUCCUGCCCCGCAGCUCGCUCUCCAUAUUCUGUCUACACACGUCCGAGUCCACAGCCCGGGCACGGACAGUCACACGCACACCUGUCGCUUUCGCCAGCUCCUCAGCCGCCUCCUCGUCCUCCCCGGCGGCCGGAGCAGUGAAGACCCAGGCGGACAGAGAACAGACGCCCACCACUGUCCCUUUGGAGGACGUGAAGAGGGUUGUGGGACUCGCUCACCCAGAGAGAUGGAGACUGGCAGCUGCUCUUGGAUUCCUAACUGUCUCCAGUGCAGUCACCAUGUCAGCUCCGUUUUUCCUUGGUAAAGUGAUCGACACCAUAUACACCACUGGAACAGACACGGAGGCGAUGACGGCAUCCCUGACGUCAUUAUGUAUCAUGCUGACGGGAGUGUUUCUGUGUGGUGGAGCAGCCAACGCCGCCAGACUCUACCUCAUGCAGUUCUCAGGUCAGCGGAUCGUUAGUAAUCUCCGAGCCUCCGUCUUCUCCUCUAUUCUCAGACAGGAAGUGGCCUUUUUUGAUCAGAACAGGACCGGGGAGCUUAUCAACCGCCUCUCAGCUGACACAGCCGUGGUCGGGCGCUCAAUCACAGACAACCUAUCAGACGGUCUGAGAGCUGUCACCCAAGCAGCUGCUGGUGUCAGUAUGAUGUUCUAUGUCUCCCCCAGUCUUGCGAGCUUUGUGUUGAUGAUUGUUCCUCCUCUGGCCGGUCUCGCUGUAGGCUAUGGCCGAUAUCUUCGCUCCAUCUCCAAACGCACACAGGACGCACUCGCACAAGCUACACAGUUGGCGGAGGAGCGUAUCAGCAACAUGCGGACAGUCAGGGCUUUUGGUAAAGAGCUGUCUGAGGUCAGCACAUACACAGAGAAGACAGACCAGGUCCUCAGCCUGGCCAAGAAGGAAGCUGUGUUACGAGCUGGUUUUUUUGGAGUGACUGGUCUCAGUGGUAACAUCAUGAUCCUGUCAGUGCUCUACAAAGGAGGCCUUCUGAUGGCCAGCCAGCACAUGACCGUGGGAGAGCUUUCAUCGUUCCUCAUGUACACCUUCUGGGUUGGCAUCAGUAUCGCAGGACUGAGUUCAUUCUACUCUGAGCUGAUGAAGGGUUUUGGAGCAGGAACCCGACUUUGGGAGCUGCUGGACAGAAAGCCUGAGUUUCCCCUCAACGAAGGUCUAGUUCUCCCUGCAGACCAGCUGAAGGGUCAGCUGCAGUUCUGUGAUGUCUCUUUUGCCUACCCGACCCGAAAAGAGGCUCCUAUUUUCCAGAACCUUAGUCUGCUGGUCCCGGCUGGAACCAUCAUGGCAGUAGUGGGAUCCAGUGGGUCUGGAAAAUCUACCCUGGUCUCGCUGCUGCUCAGACUGUAUGACGCUGAUGAAGGUAUCAUCAACAUAGAUGGUCAUGACAUCAGGGAUCUAAAUCCCUAUUGGCUCAGGCGUCACAUUGGAACUGUCAGCCAGGAGCCCGUGCUGUUCUCUUGCUCUAUCAGGGAUAAUAUUGCGUACGGUGCAGAGAACCCAGCGGGUGUGCCCACAGAAGACAUCUACAGAGCAGCCAGAGUGGCUAACGCCUACGAUUUCAUCCAGGCUUUUCCUGAUGGCUUCGACACUAUAGUGGGGGAGAAAGGAGUGCUGCUGUCAGGUGGUCAGAAGCAGAGGAUAGCCAUAGCCAGAGCUUUGCUCAAGAAUCCAAAGAUCCUGCUUUUAGACGAGGCUACCAGUGCACUGGAUGCUGAGAAUGAGUUCCUGGUCCAGGAGGCCUUGGAGCGCCUGAUGGAAGGGAGGACGGUCAUGAUCAUCGCUCACCGUCUGUCCACUAUCAAGAAUGCGAAUGCUGUGGCUGUACUAGAUCAGCGCCGUGUUGCAGAGUGUGGUCAGCACACAGAGCUGCUAGGCAACAGGCAAGGACUGUUCAGAAAACUGAUGGAGAAACAGACGUUUCUUCAGGAGGAACAGAAACAAGCCCUGUCCUGAGAGGACAGUGAGUAGAGACACAUGGAAUCCAAGGAAACAUGGAGGUGAGGUCAGUGACUUCGCUCCACAAUGAGAUGAAAUGCUCCCUAAAAACAGAGGAGGAGUGAGAUGAACAAUGAAACUCUCUUUUUUUUCCUGGAAUGGAGAGAGGUGGAUAAACGCUGAAGGAAAGCAGAGGACUAGAGAUGGGAGAUGUGGAAGCCACUGAGAAACAAAGGGAUUUUCUUCAGUGCUUUGAGUCCCUUCACCACUGGAAUGACUAUGUAGCAUCACAUAAAGAGCUAAUUGUAAUGGACACCCAGGGUAAUCCACAGUGAAGACCUAAGAACUGAAACAUGGAUCAGUAAAGUUAUAGAGAAACUUUCUUUUGAUAAUAUAUUAUUAUUCUACACUGAAAAAAUGAGACAGGGAGAGAGUAAAAAAUGAGACGGGAUGAAGAGGAACACUCCUGAAACUCGAGGCUCAUGGAUUUAAAUCACUGUCACUACUGUAGCUUUGGAGAAAAGCUCCAAUCCAGCUUUAACUAGAAGGGCGCUCAGAGAGGGCAAACCUCCGCCAAGGCUAAUGCCCCAUCCCGUCAUGUUAAAGAAAGUGGAGAGUCAAAUGUGUGGAUACUGUUCUUCAUCACAAAAUAUAUAUAUAUUUUUAAAACGGAGUCCAGUAUGUUGAAUACACAUGUAUUUGUGUUUAUGUAUCACACAUUUUUCUAUUCAGAGCCUCUUCCUGCCAUUUUGAAUUGUAAACAAGACAAAUGAAGCAGUUAUUCAUCAUGUCUACACUGUGCUGUCAAAGUGGACUUAACACUAGUCUGACAUAUUGUGGUUAAUGUACAGUAUGCACAUUUGUUGUGGAAAAGAAGAGCAGCAGUCCAAAAGUCUAAGCUGAGGAGCUAAGAAGGGACUUACUGUCUAGUUUUUCUUGCCUUGGAUUUAACAGCCCUGAAAACUUAAAACACAACUGUCCCACAAAAGCAAAGUGAGCAGUGAUAUAAAGACAGUUGAUUGACACCUGAUAAGCAUUGUCGUCUCUGAGAGAUGUUCUGCUCUACCUGAGGAGGAAAGAUGCUUGAGGCGUCUUCAAUUCAAAUAUUUCAGAAAUCAUUAAUCACGUCACCUUUUUAUCUUUCUCCAAAAAGAGUUAAUCAUGUGAAAUUCUUGCUAUGGACAUUAGAUAAUGGAAAAACAGAAACAAUCAUUAGAUCAUGUGAGUGUGAGCUGACCUGUCCCCUCCAUGCUCUGUUCAUCAUGAAGUGUGCAUGUGUACACUUGGCCUGCAUUAAAGUCUAUACAAACAGCUCUUAAACCCCCGACAUGUUGGCCUCGGCACUGUUGAGCCGGUUAAAUAUUAUCGCUGGCUCUGAGAGUCGUAAUGAUUCUCCCCAGUAAACAUUUGGCUCGUAAAAACCCAGUUCACCGCCCAGAGAGUGGAUUUUCUUGUCUUGUUUACACCACACAUGCAAAUGCCUUGAGCUUUACUUCUCGACUACUUUGAAGUAAUUCCAGAUUUGGUUGUUUCUAGAAUUGCACAUCAGGAACGACCCAGCAUCAUGCUCUGUUGCUGUCGUGUUGUAUAUGUUGAACAAGCGUCCUUUGUUUAGUAAGAGAAACUUGAAUCUUUGUGGAUGUAACUUUUUAUACAUGAUUUGAAGGCAGCGAUUCGUGGAAUUAACACAACACUGAUCGCUGAUUAUCAGCCAUUUUGAUUGUCUCACUAUCGUCAUUAUUACUCACUUUCUGGUUUAAUGUAUUAAUUUAUUUCAUUGCUUACAUUGUACAUCAGUUAACAUAUUCUUUAAAGGCUGAUUUGUUAUGGGAAGUUUCCUAAUAGUUUUAUUCUCUUUAUAAGUAUGUCUUGUUAUUUUACCAAUAAGGCAACAGUUUUUACUUGAAACACAUUAGUCAAAUUUAACAUUUAUAAAAUAAAUCUCACUUUCAAUGUUGCCGUGAACAUCAUCUGUUAACAUUAGUUAUGUUUCUUCUCCAGUGUUUCCUCCAUCCAUUAAUACCCAAACUUUGAUCCACUGAAAACAAAGAUAAAAUUUGCCUCUUCACAAUAACAUCUGAAGCUGAUUAUAAAUCACAGAGGACAGCAAACUCGUAUGAUUGUCAUGUAUGUGUUGAGCUUUAAAUUAUAUGAUUAACAUUUGUAAUGACUUUCUGUAAAUUAUUAUACAUAUAUGUAAAGAGAA